GGCGGGACAACGCGUUGGGUUUAUAACCAGGUUGUGUAGCUGCCUGUUACUUCUCAUCGUCCGUGGUUCUACCAUUGAAGGAGUGUGACCGAAAAAUUCAUUUGAACAACCAAACAUGUCUGGAAGAGGCAAAACCGGAGCAAAGGCCCGCGCCAAGGCCAAGACCCGCAGCUCCCGCGCCGGACUGCAGUUCCCCGUGGGUCGUGUCCACCGUCUGCUCCGCAAGGGUAACUACGCUGAGAGAGUGGGCGCCGGGGCCCCGGUCUACCUGGCCGCUGUCCUCGAGUACCUCACCGCUGAGAUCCUGGAGCUGGCCGGCAACGCCGCCAGGGACAACAAGAAGACCCGUAUCAUCCCCCGCCACCUCCAGCUGGCUGUCCGCAACGACGAGGAGCUGAACAAGCUGCUCGGCGGAGUGACCAUCGCUCAGGGCGGCGUCCUGCCCAACAUCCAGGCCGUCCUGCUGCCCAAGAAGACCGGCCAGUCUGCACCGAGCUCCGGCAAGGCGGGAAAGAAGGCCUCCUCUCAGUCUCAGGAGUAUUAGCUUUCUGGCUAAUAACUUUAAACCCAAAGGCCCUUUUAAGGGCCACCCACUGUUCAUUGAAAGAGCAACUGUUCAUCUUCCCGGCUGUCUUGACUUUUGGCAUGUUUUUUUUUUUAAUUUAAUAAACGCUUGUUUUAUAAAAACUGUUCUUAUUGUUCGUUGACUCGGGCUAACAGAUGCUACUUGCUAGUUUUGUAAAGGAGGGUUUGCUAGUCAGGCCGGUGCAUUUGUAUUUAGCUGAUUGGGCAGACCUUCACAGGCCUUACUGACUACAAAACGUGAGUUAAGAAUUUCUGGGUUGCUAUUGAUUAAAUGUCUGCUUUCCAGGCCUUUAAGCUGCAUGCCUCGGGGGAGCCUGGCCUCAACUUAACAUGCACGGCUGGUUCGUGGGCCAGAGGCUGCAGCAUGGCUUGAUGGUCAUCUGGUUCUUUGUAGCAUGACUGUGCAAGCUGCCUCAAAUUUCUGUUUAGUGGAAAUAAAACCUGAAAUGCAAAUUUUGUUAGGCUGAAAAAAAUGCUUAGGUUCCCAGUUGUGUGUACCUAGCCAUGACCAAUUUAAUCUAAAACAUAGUACCUUAAUUUAGUAGUUCUGAUUGAAUGCACAUUUUUACUUCUGCAGUGUAGUCAUCACAAUACUGCAUCAACACAUCUCUAAAGUAAUUUCAACAAACACUGAAACCUAAUCCUAAUCCACUUGAGAGUAGAUCUUAUCGAUGGGCUGAUGAAAUAUGUGGUAUUAAUCUAAGUUGAAUGUUCCUGUUAAAUUGAAGAUGGGGUAACCUCUAUUUAGAGAUGAGGCAAACUGCCAAAUAAUGAGCAUUUUGGGACUGUAUUUGUUAAAAAAAGGCUGUCUUGAAGUAACAGUGACCUGAAUAUAGUGUUUGUUUGUUCACAUGUGUGGUUAAAGCCUACACAACAUGUUAACGGUUUUUGCUGCAUGGAGCUGCAGGUGUUUCCUUGUUUCAUGUGAUGAAACAAUCAUCUCACACAAAGACAUGUGGGCGCUGUUCUUACCACUGAGAAGGAAUUUAAGUCAUUUAGUUAAUUACACUGUCGAAAAGAAGAUAUGCGUUUACAUUUUGGAGCAACUGUUGAAAGGCCCUAAGCAGCAUUUAAAGUUGCAGUAUAUCAUUUUGUGUCAAUCUGGGAGAUGAUUGGGUCUACAGUUAAUUACCAUUUUGCCUCAGUUCAAACUAUUGCAUCACAUUUGAAAUAUUUUGUUAAAUCUGAAAGUGGUGAGGUUCAGAGGAUCAGGGCAAAUCCUUAACCAUCAGUUGACUAAAAUGUUCUAAAAGAGAAUAAAACUGCCAUUCAUGUCUGGAA